AUGAAACCUGUGUUUUACGGAACCUGUACAUUGGAUACACUAGCGGCGCGGUCUCUACUCUGGGUCCUACUGAUUUCAAGAUCUAUCGGUAGAGCAGGCAGUACCCCUCUCCUCCAGUCCUGUCCUGUAGGACGGUAUACCUACACGGACGGCCGAUGUUUACUCUGCUUCGCUCACUGCGGUGACCGAGGAUGUACAGGUCCAAGUAACCGACUGGGACAUGGAGGGUGUAAUAAUUGUUUUCUGGCCCAACAUUCUACCACCACCUCCGGUCUGGAAUGUAUUUCCCGACAUACCGGAUGUCAGCAGCACCAUUACAUGGGUUUAGUGGAUUCAGGCCAGCAACGUGACUUACCGGCGAGAGCUAUAUGCAGACCAUGUCAUUCAGAAUGCCUAACUUGUACAGGAUCACAACAAAAUCAGUGUAUUCGGUGUCGUCACUUCCGGUUAGAGGAGUUUUGUGUAGAAGAGUGUCCCGGAGGGUCGAUUAUAAACUACAGACUACGAACAUGUUUUUUUAUCAGUAAUUUUACCAGAGAUAGAAUCAUGAGCAGGUACCGACGGUCGUGAUAAACAACGAUGUUUUAUAACUCUUAGUCUGUACGUGUUUCAUUAUCGAAAACUCUGUUGAAUAAUAGGUACACAGGGACUAACAACAGAAGAAUGAAAUGUGAUGACAUUCGAUGACUGACCACAAACUGCUCACAGAAAAUACUGUUAGUGAACAAUUAUUCUGCUAAAAGGUGUCGAAUUGAUGUGGUUGUGGUUUUAUUGGUUGAUUCAGUUGUACCUGUAGUUUGACUGGUUGGUCCACAUGUGCUUGUGACUGGAUUGGUUGGGGAAAAACCAGGGGGAUAAGUCCAUUGCAUGGAGAUGCCAUCAUUUCGUGUGGAGAGUGUGACCUUACCGGUCUCGAAACCGAGGGACAAACAUUUAAUUAACGGUUUCAUUUUUGAAUGUAUCUCUCGGACCGGACAGAUAUGUUUUGGUUAUGGUCACUUUUAAUGGCAAUGGUUUAGAACUUUACGAUAUUAAUCUUGUGCUAAAGUUGAAGAAAGUAUGCGUUAAAAACCUCGUCAUAAAGCAUUAUUACACCAGAGGAGUUGACGGCAACCAUUGACGGUUGUAUUUGUAUGUGGACAGCCCAAGAAAACAUAGAAUAGUGUUAACACAGAUGGACAAAAUACAAAAUCCGUACUCGGUCUUAAUAUGAAUAGGAACGGAGGGGACAACGAAACAAAAGGAAAAAUAUAAUUUCCCUUCCUCUAUAUAACUGGUGGCAAAAGCAACUGUUCAGGAAGUAAGCGUUUCCCUGGACUACAUGUAAGCGUUUCCCUGGACUACAAGUAAGCGUUUCCCUCGUCUACAAGUAAGCGUUUCCCUGGACUACAUGUGGCAAAUCACCAACGAUUUAAGGCACAGACUACAAGUUUUCAGUUUUUCUAGACACUGGAAUCUUUAAGAAAUCAAGUUAUCCUUUACCAGAGAGGGCUAUUGUUUUGGUAUUGCAUCUGUUCCUCUUGUUUCUUAUAUUAUCAUCACCCUGGUAAAAUACUAGCCGCUUCCUACCGACCCGCUAUUGAGAACUUCUCUUUAACUCGUUCGAUAGAGCGCAAGACUAGGAAACCAGAGGGUUCGACUCCUAGCAAAUUAAGGCAUUGAACAUAUAUGACCUCUGUUACACUUAUUGCCAGUUGUGUUGUGUUGUGUUGUGUUGUGUUGCGUUGCGUUGCGUUGCGUUGCGUUGUGUUGUGUUGUGUUGUGUUGCUCUAAGGUGUCUACCUUUUAAUUUUCCAAACAUGAAACGCAUUCUUUCCUGUUAAUACACCUGUCUUCAUGCUUACCGUCAGAUUUACAAAACUUCGUUUUCAUUUUCUCCAUAUAUUAGUACACCAAGCAGCGAUGUGUUUUCACAAAAGGCAUUUCCAUUAAUAGAAACUAACCAACUAACGAACUGUUUGUUCAGUUUAAUUAAACACGUCCAUACGUUGAACGGACAUGAGCAGCAUGUAAUCAAUGUGUCGGACCUUCCGUUUGCUUGUAAACUUAUGUUUGCAGGACAAAUCCUCCGUAAGUGCUGAUUUCUAUGGAUAUUUGUACACUUUAUUAGUAUGUAAGGUAAGUCAAAUGUCAUAUCAUUUUCGUUAAAAAAUAUAUAUUGUCUUGACUACUCCUACUCAACUGUUAAAACCGAUUCAGUCAGUACCUACGCAAUCGUCAAUAUUUUUUUUCCCCUUUCUAUAGUUUGUGCAGAUUUGCCUACAGUUCCAUUUCUUUCCGUUACAGGUUUGAUAUAAUUAUAAAUUUACUCGUGCGACACCGGUUUACUGUACCUGUGUAAUAUGUUGAAGGGCAUGAAGUAAAAACGUU